AUGACUGCGUGCUCGGAAGCUGACGUGUGGGUACAUGCUCUGAACAAGCGGCAGCUUGUGCAGCAGGAACACGAGAGCCUUACCCGCACGGCUUGGCAAAACGCAGCUGAACUCUACUACCUUCAGGCACUAAUGGAAAAGCUGGAGGGACGCAAGCUCUCUGACCCGGAGGUGGUGCAACUCUUGAAGUCCAAGCAUUUGAUGACUGCGCAGAAAGGCUCCGGUCAGUCUGCGAUGGAUGUCACCAAUUAUUGUGAGUGGAACUUCACGGCCGCCAAAUCCAUCGUCACCAAGCUGCAGUCUAACCAGGUAAUCACCGACAUUGUGAACAAACAAGAAACUUUGAAAGGGUCUGACAGUUGCUUCAACAGCCUUGUGAAGUUGGAGAAAUUAGCCCAGCGCCCCAGUUGCUUGGCAUCCCGCAGAUUCAUCUUCCAGCUCAUUAAUAAUCUGCUUUGCCACGGUGUCAUCAAAAACGAAGACUUAAGAAAAAAAAAUAUGAUUGGCGGCUCCUCCAACCCUGGCAGCAUUCACCUCUACGAGUUCAAAUGGCGCUGCUUAACAUACAUCUUGGACAUCAUGUGUGUACAAGCGAAACUGAAAGAUGCUGACCGAAUUCUUCUCAAAAAGCAUCUCAAAGAUCCUCCUGCCACCCGAACCAACACCGUGGAGAAUGUCGGCUGGCAAGGGUCAUUGACAAAGGCCUCCCAGGAAGCGCUCACUUUCAUCCACGACGUGGUGUUUCUCAAGCAGCAUGACAACAUCCUGAAGCAGGGCAUGAAGCCAAAUUCCCACCCAGAGAUUCUCAAUGAGAUGGAAACCAUCGUGGAAGCCUGGAGCAGAGUUGUCAACCUUCACGAGAACGAGCUGGCAGAGGAAAAGGCUGGUUUGCAGACUCUGGAAGGCAAGGCUGAUGAAUCAGGCAAUGAAGCAGCCACGGAAGGUCAAACCCCAGACCACCUCCUGAACUUGGCGCGAAAAACGCCGAACACCCUCCCGAAGCAUUCUCCGCAGUACUGGAAGGCAGUGGCAAACCAGACCGUCCGCAUGUAUGUGGAAUUUGUCACGGAGCCAAGAAGUGCAGCCAAUGUGACAGCGAUGGUCGAGAAGCUGCAGUUGCCAACUCCUGAAGCUGGCAAGAAUUGCACCCUUGUCCACCUCGACACGUCCCUUUUCGGGGAAAGUCUUGGGCCAAAUUCUCAGGAAGGCCUUCGCAAAGUCUGGAAGCCGGAUGAGGCCCUUAUCCAGAAACUGCUUGGAUCCACUUUGGUGGGCUUGGGUGCCCAAACAAGACAAGAAUGGCAAGUGCAAUUGCCCUAG